AUGGAUUCAAAAGCCUAUCAAACGAGUGGUUCGGAAAACUAUCAGAAAGUGGUCGCCGAAGAAGUGGACAAACGCGAGGAUACCAUCAAAAAGUUGACGAAAUUAUAUACAGAGAUAUUACAGACCAUCGGUGAGGAUCCCGAACGCCAGGGUCUUAUGAAGACACCGAUGCGAGCGGCCAAAGCUCUGUAUUACUUCUCGCACGGGUAUGGCGUGAAACUGCCCGACCUCUUGAACGGUGCCGUCUUUAAUGAAGAUCACGACGAAAUGGUUAUCGUCAAAGACAUUGAGAUGUUCUCCCUUUGCGAACACCAUUUGGUGCCCAUCUAUGGACACGUCUCUAUCGGCUAUUUACCUAAUAAGCAAGUGCUGGGACUGAGUAAAUUGGCCAGGGUGGUUGAAAUGUACGCCAGACGACUACAGGAUUUGGUUUCAGGUCCUUUCCUACUGAUUUGUCUAGCGUCUCCGAUAGUGACACCGGUAGUUGGGCUGGCCACAUCCCCAACAGUAGCUUCGACAUAUGUUAUGCGAGGGGUGCAGAAAAUCAACAGCAAGACCAUCACCAGUAGUAUGAUCGGCGUGUUUCGCGAGGACUCCAAAACCAGAGAGGAAUUCCUUUCAUUGAUUAGACACUAA